AAAUGCGGCGGUUCCGCUCACGGUGCAAGCACCGGCUCCCCUGCGAGCCUUAGCUGCUGCACGCUAAAUUGAGCUGCAGGAGUAGCGCCCUGCUAUAAGCUCGCCUCUGCCCGGGUUGGUUGUUAGAAGGUACGCCCAGGCACUCGGGUCGAUUAAAGUCGGUCCGAGGAUAGCCUGUCCUUCCCUAACCUGGAGCAAUCCCGCCAUACGAUGCCGGUUGUUGCCGGCUGCCGUGCGAAGUGGCGUGCGCGCACGGGGAGAACCUGAAGGAGAACAAUAUGCGCGAAAUAUUAAGAUCUAAGAUUCACCGAUGUUGGGUAACCGGAUCCAAUCUGGAUUACGUUGGAAGCAUCAUCAUUGAUCGCGAACUGAUGGAAAAAGCCGAUAUCUGGGAGUUUGAAAAGGUAGUCAUCUGUAACGCCAACAACGGCAACCGUUGGGAAACCUACGCCCUGCCCGGCGAACGCGGUAGCGGCACGAUUUCAGUGCAGGGCCCGGGUGCCCGUAUGUGUCACAAGGGCGACUGUCUGGUCAUCCUGUCUUACGAGGUUACCGACCAUCCGGUGGAACCGCGCAUGAUCCUGACCGACGAGAACAACCGAUUCCUGGAAUAUAUUGAAGGGGCGAUGUAUGCCGAACCCGCGUCGAUUUUCUGA